UCAACUCAUGAGUCAGAUCAGGUUUGCUAUUGUAUUUCGUUUUCUGUUUGUUAUCACUGUCAGAUUAUAAAGAUUUAACAGUUUGUGUGAAUAAUCGUUUUAAAAAUGAUGUCCACUGGGUGUAAUUAUUCAAAGCUAAAAACGAAUUUAAGACUAGCUAUCAAUAGAUUGAAGCUACUUGAAAAGAAAAAAACAGAAUUAACCCAAAAAUCUAGACGCGAAAUAGCCGAUUAUCUUGCUAAUGGAAAAAUUGAGAGGUCCAAAAUUCGUGUGGAACACAUUAUUCGUGAAGAUUAUUUAGUUGAAGCAAUGGAACUUGUCGAAAUGUUUUGUGAUCUUUUGUUGGCUCGAUUUGGACUUAUUCAACAGAUGAAAACCCUAGAUGAAGGUCUUGCUGAAGCUGUUUCCAGCUUGAUUUGGGCUGCUCCACGACUACAAGCAGAUGUUGCUGAGCUAAAAAUUAUUGCUGACCAGCUUGCUGUGAAAUAUGGAAAACCUUACGCUAUUGCUGUCAGAGAAAAUAGUUUAAACUCGGUAAAUGAGAAAUUGGUGCAUAAGCUGAGUGUCCAAGCUCCGCCAAAGGUUCUUGUUGAAAAAUAUCUAAUUGAAAUCGCCAAAAGCCACAAUGUGCCUUAUGAACCUGAUAAUGAAGUUUUAGCAGAAGAAGAGCAUGCUCUUGAAGCUAUUGUCAGUGAGCCACUUAUUAAUCUUGGGGAUGAUCCUAGACCACCACAACCAGGUUUUGUUACUGGACCUUCCCCACAGGAAAAAACAAUGUAUCCUGGUGUGCAGUAUCCACAACCUGAUUUACCAAAACCAUUUAAUUAUCCUAUACCAAAUGUUUGUGCAAAAGGCUCUGAAGUACCUCCUAUUCCAAGUGUUGCACCAAGUGGCCCAUAUCCAGGACCCGUUUCUAAUCCUGAAAAUAUUGGCUUCAAUGUAGAUAUUCCUGCACCAUCUUAUGAAAGUGUGUUUGGUGAUAAUCCUCCACUGCCACAAAAUUCUGGUGUGCAAUCUCCACCAGCUAUGCCUACACCAGCCCCUAGGUCAAAAUUUCCAGUUGAUUCACUUCCAGAAUUGCCUUCUGUCCCUAAUACUGUAUUGCCUGAACUUGGUGAAGGUAAUACUGGUGAUGAUGUUGAUUUCGAUGAUUUAGCUAAGCGAUUUGAAGAAUUAAAGAAGCGUAAAUGACUAUUCUUUCUAAAAUUCUAUGCUGUUUUUUAUUAAAUGGCUUAGCUUCUACUAUUGAAAAGUAAUUCAAUGCAUAAUUGCGAGUAAUUUUUGAAAAUGUAUAUUUGUGAAUAUCAAAUAAAUAUUUUCUUCUCUAGGGUAUAUAAUGUAAUAUCCAUUACAUGAAACAUCAAAUAUAAUUAUAUUUUGCUUCGUUAGUAAUGUAAAAUAAACAAGUUGAAUUCAAAUUAUUGCUGUGGUGUUCGUUUAAUUGUAUAUGUUAUCUGCCAAAAUUUAUUUAAAAAAAUAAUUACACAAUUAAAACUGAAAUCAUUAAUUGUAAAAAUUAAAUAGUGCAUUUAGAUUCGUUUUGAAUGCAAUUUUGCAUAUAUUAAAAAAAUUGUUUUUAGAUCAAAUAUUUGCUGAAAUAUUCUAAAUAUUCUAAUUUUCUAAUAAUGUAAAGGUUGAAGAAUGCAAAAAUGUUAAUUAUUCUGCUCAGAAAAAUAUUUAGACCUAGUUUUUGUGAUUAUAAAUUCAAUUUUGUGCAUUAUAAUGUUAUUGAUUUUUAAUGAGAGGUUUAGAAGAAGCCAUUGUGAGUACUAAGUGCUCAAUAUCUGAAUUUAUGCUUAUCAAAUGUGCAAACUAUAUUUUUAAUGCAGAACUGGCAUUUUAUUUUUUGCUGUCUUUUAUGAACUGAAAUAUUUUCAGUAAAAUUAUAUUAUUUUUUAAUAUUAUUAAUUCUAAGUAAUACUAAAAAAUAUUAAUGUUAUUAAGGAUUUUUGUCAUCUAUACAAAAUAUCCAAAAAAAGGUGUUUCCAAAUUUUAAGAGUAUACCAGGCACAUAGAAGCAUAUAAUUGUUGCAAAUAGAACAUGAGGUAUAAAAUGCAAAUGAGAGUCCUUCUUUCAUAGUGAAUUAAGUAAAUUAAAUGGAUAUCCCAGAUAAAAUGUAUAGUACUAAUUAUUGAAAUACAAGGUGAUAAUUUCACAACUGUCCAAUUACGUAAAUAAUAUUGAGUGAAGCAAGUGUCACCUCAGAGGCUUAAUUUUUUUAAAUAUUUAAUUGUUUCAGAGGCUUUUUAAUAUUGUGUCCUCCUUGCCAUUAUCAUAUUUGUCAUUUUGUGUACCACUUGUAAUGUUGUCCAUUUAAUUAGAUCGCAUGCUAUUGUAAAUUUUUAUUUCAUUAACUUUUUUUUAUAUUUUAUCUAGCGAAUCGUUUCUUUUACUUAACUCACUAACAAAGUGUCCCUCUUUGCAUUUCCUAACCUAUACUCUGUUCAAAAACUGAUGCAUUUCUGAAGGUCUGGCAUAUUUUUAAAGUUUAUAAGUGACCUUUCUGUGCACUGUUUCUAAUGUCAUAUUAAAAGAAAGCUUUGUCGGGAAAACUGCAAGUUUUCUAUUUGAUGAUACAAGUAAAUAAUUUUAAAAAACAUCAUAUAUUUUCAGAAUCACAACAUGAAAUACAUUUUAUAGACUUAACCUCAACCUGCCAGACACUUUUUAACCUUUAUUAAUUUGAAAUGCCAAUCAUAUUUACAACGGAAAGGUGUGGACAAUGAUCGUGCUGUUUUAAGGAAGUGUGUCACGAUUUUUUUUUUUUUUUAUCAUAACAGAAGGAGAAGAAAAGGCAUGUAUCUUCUCCGCUACAAACCUGAUCAUAUGUAUAGAUAAUUACUCGCACCCAUAAGUAUUUCCAAACAUGGAAAGAUUUCAUGCCCGUUUUCAAAGGCUUUCAGACUUGGUCUAACAAAUAUUUGCAAAAUUCUGGCAACUUAACUUUACUAAAUUUUGUUUCAACAUAGUACUUUGUGAAUGUGAUUUUUCGUUAAUAACAUGUAUAAUUAAGAACUUUAAAAAUUUAGCUACGAAAUCUUUAAUUGAUAUGACAUGCUAUUAUAUUUACUGAACCACUAAUAAAUUCGUUUUGUAUUACAUGUGGAGUCUGCCGUUGUUGUAGACAAUACUUCCAAGUUAAUUCUUGUAGAGUACCUUGUUUCGCGACCUGAAAAGCAUGUUUUCAGUUGGUGGAAGUACGUAUCGGUUACAUUUUUCUUAAAAAACAAACAAACAAACUCGCCGACAUUCUUAAAUAUUUAAUUGGGAUGUUUUAUCAUAUAGAAAAAAAACAGUUUUCUGAAUAGUAAGCAUUAGCGAAUGAUCUGGAUAUUAGCCAGUCAGAGACUCUGGGAAAUUUAUAAAAGCUUCUCGGUCUUUAGAUAUAUACCGCAAAAUGCAGAUACAUUAUCAUAUUCUGUUAUAGAAUGUGUUAUUGGUAGAUAAUUACGUAUUUGAAGAGGCAUCCGAAAACUUGUAUCAUGAACAUUAAUCAUUCUUUGUUUUUACUGUCCAAAAGACCAAUGCUUUUUAACAUUUCAUAUUUAAAAAGAAAUGAUAUUGCCAGUGCAAUGACAUUUGAAUCCAUUAAUGUAUGCUGAUACGAUUACGACCAUUUUCAGCUUCUUGCUUUAUGUGAAGAAGAAGUUUGCCCUUUUGCUUUGAAGUUGAAAUUGUGGAUCUUCUAAGGUUUUAUGUUUAAAAAAAAACCUUGUCUUCAAAUAUGCAAACAAUUUUAUUUACUUCGCAUUUCUCCCAUAAAACCUCUGUUGCUUGUUUUGUUUCCAUCCACACAUAAGGAGUAAUUACAGUUAUAAGGAAUUUUUGUAGAUAAUGCCGCAUGGAAUGUGUUCCUUGUUCAUCUCAGUCGGCGAGAAACUGACCUCAAGAAUAAAAGAAUCUAUGGUUUUGCUAUCUUUCAAAUAUGUGAAUGAACUUUUACUAUGUUAUCCAGUCUAACUGCAGUAAUGCUUGUACUUUUACUUCUUGCAUUUCCAUUUCUUUCAUCUAUGAAAUUUCCUUGACAUUUGACAAUAUCAGCUUCAUUAUUAGAUUUUCGGAGCUAUACAUGAUCGAGUAUGCAAAGUGGGAGAGGCUAAUUUUCAUGGGCGAAAAAAUGCUACGAAAUAUCUGGACUUUUGGAAUCCAUAUACGUCUUACACAAAGUUCUGGGACCACUUUGCAGUGUAUCUGUUUUUGCUUUUGUCUUUGACAUAUAUUUUCUUGCCGAGAUACUGAAGAUAUGAACAUUAUUUCUUCUAAAUAUAUAAUAUAUUGAAUGCUCACUUCUGGAUAGGCCAGUUUCAAUGUAUUUUGUAGCUGUCUGAACCCAUUCAAGUAGCAUCAAAGUGCUGAAAUUUCCAAUUCUUUCGAAACUACCAGUGAAAUUUAAGUGACUCUCACCUAAAAGAUUCUGUUCCUGUUUUAUGACAUAACUAGAUUUACAUUAUUUUUAACCUAUCUUUAAAUACUCUGAAUCUUCAUGAUGUGAAUUAAGUAGGCACCUGCUGUUCCAAUAAAGGAAGCUUCAUCAAACAGUGAUAAUCCUGGAAACUUAUUUGAACCACGUACCAUUUAUUAUUUUAGAACAGCAGUUUCAUUUCUGGAAUUUUAUUAGUUUAACCCUUUAAAGGGCCAUUUUUUUCUAGUCAUAUUAUGUUAAAAUAUUUUUAGGCUUGAAAUUAGAAUAAGAAAAGGGAUUCAUUUAGCUUAUUAGAUAAAUUUAAUUUGAUUAAUUAAUUAAUCUGGUUAGUUAAUAAUUAAGUAACAAAUCAAGACACAUCAUUUUUUGUGAGACAAAGAACUAAAGCAUCUAAGUUUCUGUCUUUCUAAAAAAAAUUUGUCAGACCUUAUGCUAACCUACAUAAUUUCAUACAAAGAUUGAUAAAUUUGGUGGGAAGCAUACUUCCCAUGGCCAUAGAAAGGGUUAAUCGUGGAAGUGGUCAUUUGACAUAGCAAGAAAUUCACAUUUAGUUCAAUUUCUGGUAACUUUACCUCGAUUUUAUUGAGUAUUGAAGUAGUCCCUUGGCACUUUUGUUUUCAAAAAUAUUUUGUAUACUGAUUACAGGUGGUGUCUGAACAACUGAUAAAAUAUUUAAAAAAUAUAAUUCAAAAUAUUUUAAUUAAAAAUAUUAACGCCCCAAAAAAAGGGCUGUUUAAAUACCAAAAAAAAAUCUAUUAAAAUUAAAAAAAUACACAAAAUUGCAAAAAAUCCUAAGCUAAAGAAUCGUUCAUAGCGGUAUAUAUAUAUAUAUACGGAUAAAAUUAUUAAAUACAGAUAAAAUUAUUCAUAAAUAAUUUUGAAAAUUUACUUUUUGCUUCUUUUCUUGUGAACAGCGUAGUUUUUAAAGAACAUAAAAAGAGAAGACACUUUGUAUUAUAUAGGCUGCCAUCUGCUAAUAAUAAAUUAAAACAAAAGCAUAGGAAUAGAUUAACUCAAUUUUAAAGUUGAAAUAUUUAUUUAUCUAAAAGUAAAGUGCAUUUUUCGAACCGCCCCCCAAAAGGGACACCUAUUGAAUAUAAUGCCAGAAUGCUUGUUUGACAUUUCUUCAAGCGUGCGAAGUUGCAGAAUCCAUAAUAACAAUCCAGGGCCAUAUCUUCUUUAUUGUGACAGUAAAUUGCUUGAAGUGUGCAGAACAAAAACUGAGCAGUAUUUGAAGCAACAAUAACUCAGACUUUAUAUUAUUAUUCCCAUAUAUUGAAUCAGGAGAUUCCAACACUACUCUUUAUCCAUUUUAUUUUAUCUUUUUCUCAUCAUCAACUAUGCCAAAGUAUUAUUUCUUGUUGGGUUUGAAGUCUAUGCAUUACCAAUAUAGUUAUUUCAUAGAAUAAAUGUGGCAUUAUCUACCAAUAAGAUUCGGAGGCAUCACUAUGAAAGAAUUUUGGAAAGAGUCAGACAUGUCGUUGGAUUGAUAAACCUUUAUAAUUCGAAUUUAUUUCAGAUUGUAUAUAAGUGGAAUAUGUGUUUGCAUGUUAUUGAUGCAUUUUUUUAAACUUUUUAAUUCACAAACUUUUUAUGCUAUGUGAUUUCAUAAUAUGAAAAAUAUAAUUUUUAAAAUUUUCUAUCCCUAACGAUUUUAUAAUAUAUUUUUCGUUAAACUGUGCUGUUUUUUGUUUAUAAUAAAGUUAUUUUUAGUGGCAGCUUGA